CAGCUUUAUAAAGCGCAGUGUCACGGGCGGUCUGGGUUCGAUUCAAGCUGAGAUCAUGGCAGACACAGCAGUGGCUCUCACCUCUGCCAACGUCCAGCUGGUCUCCAGGAAGGUCAUAGGCCGGUUAUGUCGGCUGAUCGACAAGACGUGCACGUCCCCGACCUCCACCCUGGAGCACCAUCUCAUGUGGGACGACAUCGCCAUCCUGGCCAGAUACUUGCUCAUGCUGUCCUUCAACAACUCCCUGGACGUCGCCAGCCACCUCCCCUUCCUGUUCCAUAUCGUGACCCUGCUGGUGUCCACGGGCCCGCUGUCUCUGCGCGCCUCCACCCACGGACUGGUCAUUAACAUCAUACACUCCCUCUGCACCUGCUCACAGCUCCGGUUCUCAGAGAGCACCCUCCAGGUUCUCAAGCUGAGCCUGGCUGAGUUCUCCCUGCCCAAGUUCUACCAGCUGUUCGGCAUCAGCACGGUCAAAUCGGCGGCCGUGAGCGCGUUCCGCACCAGCUACCGGCCCGGUGACCGCUCCUUCACUAUGAGCCCACCGGAGAACGAGAAGAUGCCGCUCAGCUCCCUGGAGGCUAUCGCAGACGCCUUGCUGGAGAUCAUGGAGGCGCUGGAGUCGUACAUGGACUUGACGUUGAUCGAGGCUGUAGUCAUGUGCCUCACCCGCUUACAACCCAUGCUCAAACCU